UUCAAAUUGGCGAAUUCCCCGAAAUGUCGAACGCAAAAAUCCAAAAAUUUAAUAUUGACCGAUCUCUCUACAAGAAAUUAAGCGAUUCAGACAUUAAAAAAAUGCUUAACUUCGUCAAGCGGAAAAAAGGACAACCGAUGCCCUCUGCCAGAAAGUAUUUCGAAACCAUGAUAGAGGAAACGGGAAUCGAAGGAUCUUGGCAGAACAUGAGAUCCGAACUGCAAUUCCUAAAAAUGACGCUGUCAAGAGCAAAUUCUUGGCUGAAUAAUGUUGACUUUUCGCGGAAUAACAAGGAAAUGGCAAUAGACUACGCACGUGACCGUUAUUGCCCAUAUUAUGAUCAGCUAGUUGAAAUAUUUGGUUCCGAUUUUAAAACUUUAGAAGCGUUGAAUAAAAACAAUAGCUCUUCCGGCUCCGAUGAAAAACAGAAUCAAGCUGGUACUUCUAAGCCGAGAAUCUCAAGGAGGGAAAGCUCUCCUCAGACAGCUAAAUUGCAGAACGAGAAUAUUCACCUUCAACGGAUUAAAACGAAUGAGACAGCAGAAAUUGAGGAAAAUAAAGUUAAAAACCAAUUCCUUGUCAGAAAAUUAGAACUGGAGGAGAAUAAGAGAAUUGCAUUGUCCGAGAUUAAAAUGAAAUACAACUAA